CUUGUUUUUCAUUUGACAUUGAAAGGUGCUCGCGAAUUCCAGAAAGGACGUUGGAAAAUCGGCAGCCGCUCAUUACCUAUCAAUAGCAAACACGGCGAAGUUGUGGCGCGGUGCUCUGGAGAUUUGCCGGAGCCAGAUAAAACCAACGACCAGACGAUUAAGUAGCCGGAUCCGCGUUUAUAAGUGAAGUUUCGCGAUUACUUAAAACAGUUCACCAGUGCUCUCUUUUCCGUACGCUACAAAUUCCUCUCGAGCUCUAACGAGACCACCUUCCCGCCUCCUUCUACUCCACAUCUACCUCCUGCUUGGGAAAACUAAAGUACGAUGGCCGGCCCACUUCCUCCACUCAACCAAGAGGCAGCUUUCCAGAAGCUGCAGGAGUACUACGAUUCCCAGGGCAAGGACCUCAACAUCAAGGAUCUGUUCGUAAAGGACCCGAAAAGAUUCUCCAAAUACAGCCUUCGCCUGCACACCCAGAACGAUGGGGAGAUACUGUUGGACUACUCGAAGAACCGCAUCAAUGACGACGUCUGGGAGCUCCUCCUCUCUUUGGCCAAGGUUCGGCGCGUGGAAGCCGCCCGGGACGCCAUGUUUUCCGGCCAGCACAUCAACAUCACCGAAAAUCGCGCCGUCUUGCACACGGCUCUGCGCAAUCGCGGCACGGACCCCGUCCUGGUUGACGACAAGGAUGUUAUGCCCGACGUACGUGCCGAACUUGCCCAUAUGAAGGAGUUCACCAACAAGGUCAUCUCCGGUGUGUGGCGCGGCUGCACCGGUAAACAGAUCACGGAUGUGGUUAACAUUGGCAUCGGUGGCUCCGAUCUGGGUCCGCUGAUGGUCACCGAAGCUCUGAAGCCGUACGGUAAGGGGCUCGUAUCCCACUUUGUCUCCAAUAUUGACGGCACCCAUCUGGCUGAGGUUCUCAAGAAGGUGAACUACGAGACGACCCUGUUCAUCGUCGCUUCAAAGACCUUCACCACCCAGGAGACUAUCACAAACGCCACCUCCGCCAAGACCUGGCUUCUCGAGCAUUCCAAGGAGCCGGAAUCCGUUGCCAAGCAUUUCGUUGCCCUUUCGACGAACAAGGAAAAGGUCACCGAAUUCGGCAUUGACAGCGCCAACAUGUUCGGAUUCUGGGAUUGGGUGGGCGGACGCUACUCCUUGUGGUCAGCCAUUGGACUGUCUAUUUGCCUGUCGAUUGGCUUUGAGAACUUCGAGCAGCUGCUGGAUGGUGCCCAUUACAUGGAUAACCAUUUCAGGACGACACCUUUCGAGAAAAAUGCUCCUGUAGUCCUGGCUUUGCUGGGUGUUUGGUACUCCAACUUCUUCAAGGCGGAAACACACGCUCUUUUGCCCUAUGACCAGUACUUGCACCGCUUCGCCGCUUAUUUCCAGCAGGGCGAUAUGGAGAGCAACGGCAAGUUCGUCAGCAAAGCGGGUAAGGCCGUCAAGUACAGCACAGGUCCGAUUGUUUGGGGCGAGCCAGGCACCAACGGCCAACACGCUUUCUACCAGCUCAUCCACCAAGGCACCCGCCUGAUCCCCUGCGAUUUUAUCGCCCCCGCCCAGACGCACAAUCCUAUUGCCGGUGGCAAGCACCACAAGAUCCUUCUGUCGAAUUUCCUGGCCCAAACGGAGGCUCUCAUGGCCGGAAAGACCGUCGACGAGGCUCGGGCUGAGCUCACCAAGGCUGGACUCUGCGGCAACGAGCUGGAUAACUUGCUGCCCCACAAGGUGUUCGUUGGCAACCGUCCGACCAAUUCGAUUGUGGUGAAGAAGGUCUCACCUUUUACCUUAGGCGCAUUGAUUGCGCUCUAUGAGCACAAGAUCUUCGUACAGGGCAUUAUUUGGGACAUCAACUCGUUCGACCAGUGGGGUGUUGAGCUGGGCAAGCAGCUGGCCAAGGCCAUCGAGCCGGAGCUGGAUCACUGCAACGAGGUCUCCACGCACGACAGUUCCACGAACGGUUUAAUUAACUUCAUCAAAGCCAAUUGGAAGUAAUCAUGUCCGGCUAUUUGUUGAAAAUUAAAAUGAAAUGUUGACACAAAUGCUCUAAUUGUUAGUAGUUUCUGAGCCGUUAUUGAGUAGCCUCUGCCUAUGUAUACCCGAGCUACAAACCCCCUGUUAUUUGGCACAUUAUUCAACUGUAUUUAUUAAUUGGAAAUGUUUGUUUGCUUGCGUAUCGAUAAAAUCUCAUGUCGAAACUAUACCAACAAUUGGCUCACCCUAUUCGUUGUUGCACGUAGUUUAAAACCACAAAUAAAAUUUAUGAAUUCGGUGUAGAAAA